AUGUUUUUUGGGACAUUUGCAGGACCCCGUUCACGGAGGAUGAAGCGGAAGGACAAGUGUCCGGAGGAGAAGCGACCCAGGACCGCGUUCAGUGGCGAGCAGCUGUCCCGGUUGAAGAAGGAGUUCAACGAGAACCGGUAUCUGACGGAACGCAGACGCCAGGAACUGGCCAACGAGCUGGGUCUGAACGAAGCCCAGAUAAAGAUAUGGUUUCAGAACAAGCGGGCCAAAAUCAAGAAGUCUAGCGGCUCCAAGAACCCGCUGGCCUUGCAGCUGAUGGCACAGGGACUGUACAACCACACCACGGUCGCCAUGUCCGACGAAGAGAUGGACGACCACCUGACGGUUGCGUCCUCGUAA